ACAAGAACAUUCUAUAUUUAUACGCACAAAAAUCAAGAGAGAAAGAAAGAAAAACAGAGUCCGGCUGUUUCCUAAGCUGACUUACUGUCUUUGCUUCUAUUUUCUGGUUUUCUCCUGCUAAGAUGUCAUUUUCGAAGCAAAGCUUGUGGUUGGCCAUAUGAGUGUUUCUGUACUGAUAUGGCAUUAUUGGCAUCUUGCCUUGCUGGUGCAGUUGAUUUAAAUGGACAGGAAUCUGGGAAAAAGCAUGGUAGAUCAACAGAAAAACUAUGAACAAAUUCAAUCCAAUAACAUGGAAGCUAGAAAUGAAGGGAAGGGGUCUGUAAACCAAAGAUUUUUCCAUGAUCCAUCAGCUAAUAUUAAUACUAACAUGCGACCUCCUGACUACAACAUGUCAAUGGGAGCUAGGCCUGUGCUAAAUUACUCCAUUCAGACUGGUGAGGAAUUCGCUCUUGAAUUUAUGCGGGAGAGGGUGAACCCCAGGCAACAGUUCUUUCCAAAUGCUCACAUUGAUCCUAAUAGUUCAACUAGCUAUGUGGGACUGGACGGUGUUUUGGGAAUAUCUCAUAUGAGUUCUGAAAGUGGGGCUGACAUCUCUAUGAUUAGCUCGGUUGAAAAAGCUCAGAACCAGGAGUCUGACAGGAAGGGGUCUUCUGUUAAUGAAGAUCAAAGCUAUCAUGACCCUGUCCCAUCAGUACCGCGAACCUCAUCUAGAAAUGACAGCAGUCGAGGAAUUCAUGGUUAUCCAUCUUCAGGAGCUUCUGAUAGUUCAUCAACAAAGUUGAAGUUUCUCUGCAGCUUUGGUGGUACAAUUUUGCCUCGUCCAAGUGAUGGAAAGCUGAGAUAUGUUGGGGGCGAAACGCGCAUUAUCCGAAUAAGCAAAAAUAUUUCUUGGCAGGAGCUUAUGCAGAAAACAGUGGCAAUUUACAAUCAAUCUCACACUAUAAAAUAUCAGCUUCCUGGUGAAGAUCUGGAUGCGUUGGUUUCUGUAUCCUGUGACGAGGAUCUUCAGAACAUGAUGGAAGAAUGCAAUGUAUCAGAAGAUGGGGGGUCAAAGAAGCCUAGGAUGUUCCUUUUUUCUUGCAAUGAUCUAGAGGACUCCCAGUUUGGCCUAGGAAGUGGUGAGGGUGAGAAUUCUGAGAUUCAAUAUGUAGUUGCUGUAAAUGGUAUGGACUUGGGUUCAAGGAAGAAUUCAAUGAAUCUGGCAAAUGCACCCGGGAACAAUUUGGAUGAGUUGCUCUGUCUUAAUGUUGAGAGGGAAAGCGGUCGAGUUGCAGCUGAAUUUACUGGCAGUAAUGUCCUGUCUUCAGCUGUCAAUACACUGCCAUCAACAAUUCAAUCUUCUCAACCAGCGCCGAUGCUUUCAUCUAGCACCCAAGAAUCUAAUUCACAACCUUACCAUGGCCAGAAAAUGCACCGUGGAGAUAAUAGCCAGCGUCCAGCAUCAUCCACGCAACCUAUUGAGAGCUUCUCCCAUGUGGAUGGAAAGGGUGUCAAUCCAUUGCCGGUCCCAAUUCAAUUUGGUUUUGGUUCUCAUCUUCCUGACCAUGCAACAGUUGGGGAAAAUUUAGUGGGAGUGCCUUUCCAUGUGUAUCCUCCAACACAACAGGGGGUUUUGGCAGAAGAGAAACCGUAUAGCGGCAUUCAUGUGCAAAAUGCAGAAGUGUCUGUAAAGGAUACAAAACUCAAAAGAGAUAGCUCAGGAAAGAAAAUAAAUGAACCUGAGAAAGUUAAAAAUAUGGAUAAGGAGGCAGCUAAAAAGGAAUUGAAAAUGAAGCAGGAUGAUUCCUUCCAGAAGCUUAAUGAAACUUUUAAAAUGCGGGCAGUGGAAAAUGAUACUGUUUCCUUGCAUCCACAUGAUAGUUCUGCUCCAAAUUACACUUCUAGAGAAGAUACAUCGGUUGUCAAUUCAAUGCAAGAAGUAGGAUCGCCACUGCAGCUCAUGAAAACUAAUAAAGGGCCCCAAGAAGCUGUACUCGGUUCUAUGUCCACUGAAGCUGUGACUGAAGGGAUAAAAAAUAACAGGGAUGACCAUUUCCAUUCAUCUGGUGAUCCAUUUGCCCCAGGAUAUGGGGGUUCUGAGGCUGAUCCAACAGAUUUUAGCUAUCCUGAACCAUCUGUGGUUUCUCAUCGAGUUUUUCAUUCUGAGCGAAUUCCCAGGGAGCAGGCAGAAUUAAAUCGCUUGUCAAAAUCUGAUGAUUCUUUUGAUCCUCAGAUUCUAAUAACUCAAGCACGUUCUGGUUCUCAACCAGUUAUAGAAUCAAUUGAUAAGUUGCAUGAAGGAAAUGUGGCUUCCCAGACUGACCAGCCCCGCACAUCUGCAAGAUCGCGUUAUGCAAAUCCCCAGACUGUUGAAGAUGGACUUGCACAGUUUGAAAAGUAUAAAGAAUUUGCUGAUAACAUCAGUAAAGUGAAUCCCAAUAUUGCUCAAGGUCUAGGGUCAAACGUGCAGAAAUCUGAAUUGAGACGUGUUGUUUUUAAUCCAGUGGAUGAUUAUGAAGGUUCCCAGGUUAAAGGUAACUACACUGAUCGCUCUAUCAAUGAUAACAAAGCAGUUGGGUUGACACAUUCCACAGCAAGUCAGGGAACUUCUAGUAAGCACCCAGAAGAUCCAGCUUUGGGGCCUCAAGAGUUUGAAAGAACUGAUAUUGGUGCUGACAAUAACAAUGGGAACAACAUCAAGGUGAGUGUGCAGCCUCUGGCAUGGACAGGAAGCCCAGUUAGAGCUGUUUCUCAAGGGGAACCCAGCAUUGGUGUUGGCUCUUCUGAGCAGAAAGACAUAUAUAUUGAUAUAAAUGACCGGUUUCCUCCUGAUUUCCUGUCUGAUAUUUUCUCAAUAGCAAAAACACAUGAGACUGGGGUCAGUCCAGUGCAUGUUGAUGGAGUGGGCUUGAGCUUGAACAUGGAGAAUGAUGACCCAUACUUUCAGAAAAUGGCUCCAGAUCAGUCUGCCAGGAAAGUUUUUUCCCUUAUAGACCAAGACCAUCCGAGUUAUUCAUCCUCGCUUACAAAUGUUGAAGGAGGGGCUCCCAUAGAUUAUAGUUAUCCACCCUUAAAGUCUGAUGGAGUUGGCUUGCCUCACAUUGAGGAAGAUGUUCGGCAAGAGACAUCUGGUGUUGUUGGACCGAACACCAUGGAUUCCCAUGCAGAUUAUGGUCAUUUUGAGCUGAAAGGCACUGAGAGUGCGUGGUUGGAUGGGGUGAAUGCUAGAAUACCUGGAUCAGAGUAUGAGGGUGGCAAGUUGGACAUUCGAAACAUUGGCACACAUCUUGUCGAUCUUGCUCUAGGAGAGUUUGAUAUUAGCGCCUUGCAGAUCAUAAAAAAUGAGGACCUGGAAGAGCUGAGAGAAUUGGGGUCUGGCACAUUUGGUACUGUUUAUCAUGGAAAAUGGAGGGGUACAGAUGUUGCCAUUAAGCGAAUAAAAAAGAGCUGCUUCACCGGCCGCACAUCAGAACAAGAAAGAUUGACCACGGAGUUCUGGCGUGAAGCUGAAAUUCUUUCAAAGCUUCACCACCCCAAUGUUGUUGCAUUUUAUGGAGUGGUGCAGGAUGGACCAGGAGGAACACUUGCCACUGUGACAGAGUUUAUGGUGAAUGGCUCUCUUAGACAUGUUUUACUUAGCAAGGACAGGCAUCUUGAUCAUCGUAAGCGUCUGAUUAUUGCGAUGGAUGCAGCUUUUGGAAUGGAAUAUUUGCAUUCAAAGAACAUUGUGCAUUUUGAUUUGAAAUGUGACAACUUGCUUGUCAACCUGAAGGAUCCUUUACGACCUAUUUGCAAGGUAGGUGAUUUUGGUUUGUCAAAGAUCAAAAGGAAUACCUUGGUUACUGGUGGUGUAAGGGGAACUCUUCCAUGGAUGGCUCCAGAACUCCUGAAUGGUAGCAGCAGUAAGGUUUCUGAAAAGGUUGAUGUGUUCUCUUUCGCCAUUGUCUUAUGGGAGAUUCUCACUGGUGAAGAGCCUUAUGCCAAUAUGCAUUAUGGUGCAAUCAUAGGAGGCAUAGUUAAUAACACCUUGAGACCGCCUGUACCGAGCUUUUGUGACCCGGAAUGGAGAUUGCUAAUGGAGCAGUGUUGGGCACCUGAUCCCAUGGCUCGUCCAUCAUUCACAGAGAUCGCCAGGCGCUUACGCAUCAUGUCAGCCGCAUGUCAUACUAAACAGAUACCCAAGUAGCGAUGCUUGCCAAUUCCUUUGCUGUGUUUUUUAGCCCGUUGUCAUGAAAUACAAUCGCAAAGAGUUUUUUUCGUAAGGUUGUGUAUAUCUACAAGAGAAUGGAGAAGGGGCUCCCGAUGUAUGAUUUUUGUGCUGUGCAGAAACUGGAAGAAAGUGAACUUUAUGUAAAGCUAUUAUUUUUGUCUAUAGCAUAUACGAACUUCAUAUCAGAACUCUAUAAUAGUGUCAAUACGCUCUGCAUUCGGUUUGUACGGGAGGUGGAGCAUUCUUGUGGAUCGCCGUUGAUUUGUUUUC